AUGGCUACGACAUUGACGCCCUUCCUCUACCAGACGAGGACGAUACUUCGGGCUUCCGUCGCUCUUCGGUCCUUCUCAACCACCGCCAGCCGUCUGAGCAGACCCCCCCGCGAGCAGCCCAUCCCGUUCGAGUGGGAGGGCUCAAUUCAAGAAGAACGUCCCGACAUCCCUAGCGGCCGCGAUGGCGAAAUCAGAUCUACAAUCACUCCGAGCGAAAGACAUGUGUUCCGAAAGAUCUUCGACGACAUGGCGAAGCGCAGCGCAGCCCCCGGCGGUCCCUCAAGAAAACUUGCUGAUGCCGACUCCGACGCCACAUCCCGCGACGAUGUCCUGAGCAAAUACCCUGCGUCCCUGCGUCGAGCUGCCGAAGCUGCCCUCGGAAUGCGAGAAAUGUCUGGCGGCUAUUUCGAAGAAGACCGCCCAAAGAGAGUGUCUCGCAUCGCCUUGAAGAGUGAGGAGGACGAAGCCAAUGUUCCCACCAAGGUGCAAGACGCACGAGACGACCUGCACAUGAUGGAGGGCGCCAGGUUGCAACAGAUUCUGGACACCUGCAAAACGGACGUCGAAGUUUGGAAUGUGCUGGAAGAGGAGGUCUUCUCCAUGAUUGAGAAGCUUGGGAUUGCCGAGAACAGGCCGCAGGAGGAACAGCCGGGGACCGAGACACAGAAGCAGAAGCCUGUCCUAGACAUGGACACCCACGGCCCCAUCUACUCAAUGCACCUCCUCAAAGGCCUCAAAACCCUCGAUCAGGUCUUCGCCAGGCCUUCACCGCUGGCCUUGAACAUUCUCCCCCGCGUCAAGGCCCUUGGAAUCGCCUCCUACGUCCUGGGCGUCUCGACGCCAUUCUACAACGAGCUGGCAUCCAUCCUAUGGUUUCGCCAUGGCGAUACCCAAGCUGUGCUCGCCCUUCUCGAUGAGAUGCAGGAUGCUGGCCUGUUCUACGACAAGGACACGCUGCGUUUGGUCGACAGCAUCGAGCUGGCCCUAGACUCUUUCCGGAACCGCGGGCUGGGUGUCUUCUCCAAAAUCGUUGGCACCAUUCCAGGCUACAACCUGGACGACAAGGCCAUGGUAGCACGCGCCGCACGUCGUGUUCGCCAUGCGGUGAAGAAUCAGCGAAUGGCACUGGGUAACUAG